AUGUUAUAUCAAUCGGGAAAAUUAAUAUGUAUUGGGACUAAUUCAGUUGAUAACGGUAGAAUAGCCAUAAGAAGAUUUGCGCGUAUGAUUCAAAAGCUCGGUUUUGAUGUCCAACUAAACAAUGUUACGGUAACUAAUAUGGUGGCUACUUUUGCACUUAACCGAUCAAUAAAUCUGGCGGACUAUGGAUCAUUUAUUGGUAUUCGGGCCUAUUAUCAACCUCAGAGGUUUCCAUUAUUGAUCAUUAACUACGGUGACAAGAAAAAAGCAAACAUCUCCCGUACGGAUUUUAAAACUAAACAUCAUUGGGAUUAUACUAUGAGAAAAUUGGCCAAAAAAUAUGGUCCAAUAUUUACCGUAUAUUUGGGAAACAGUCCGCAAAUAGUGAUCACCGAUCCGGUCAUAGCUAGAGAUGUAUUCAAUAAAUCAGAUUUUGCGGGAAGGACUCAAUCAUAUUUAGAUUACGAUCCGAGUAUUGAACGAGAUUUUUGCGAUACACUGAUUGCGGCUAAAAAUAAUGCACUGCUCCGGGAGGUGGGAGGGAAAGGUAGCAAACAAUCGUUGGCUAAGUAUCUAACGGAUGAUAAGCUCGGUUUGGCUGUGUUUGAUAUAUUUUUUGCCGGAAUCGAUACAUCAUAUAAUACAUUUCAAUGGCUACUAUUGUUUUUAUCCAAUGAUUUAAUAGUACAGAAAAAAUUACGUAAAGAAAUUUCAGAUAAAAUUGGUGAUCGAUUGCCAACACUUGACGAUAGACAUCGAUGUCAUUAUGUAAUGGCAUUCAUAUCGGAAACAUUAAGAUUUAGAAAUAUUGGUCCAAUAGGUUUGCCUCAUAAGACUAUAGUCGACAGUAAAAUAGGUGAAUAUAUGAUACCGAAAAAUAUGUCAGUUUGUGUCUAUCAGGGAUUUGUAUUGAGAAACGACAGCAACAAGUAUUGGACAAAUCCUAAUGACUUCAUACCCGAGCGCUUCCUCGACAGUGACAACAAUUAUAUGAUAACCCGUUCACAACAACCGGCUUUCAUACCCUUUGGUGUCGGACGUCGUAUAUGUUUAGGCGAAAAGAUGGCCAUCGCUGAACUGUUUCUAGUUUUGACCCGAUUUCUACAGUCGACACAAAACUAUGACAUAGUUUUGGACAGUCAUCAGGGUUUUGAUGCCGAUCCUUGUAAUACCGAUUCAAUUAGUCCCAGUAGUUAUACAAUUAUGUUUAAAUCUAAAUCAUAA